GAGGCCAUGAGCAGGAGUUGGGCGAGGCAGAAGAGCGCGAACUUUUCCUUUCUUUAAUUCUAUACAAUUUUCUAUCCGUUUCAGACUGGGCCUUUUAGCUGCGUUUCCACUAUCGGGCCAAUUGAGGGCGUGCUAGUGCGUGCCAGGGCCAGUUGCUUUCCACUGUCACUUCCAGGGCUUCAUCAUGCUUCCUCUGAGCUUUCUCGGGGCCAAUGUCUGCUGAAGUGGAUCACUAAGUCCUCCCAGACACAGGCAGAAUGUUCUUAUGGACCAUAUGCGACACGGACGGGUUAAGCCGAUGUGCACCGUUGUCACCAUGAUGCAAGCGGGGUCCGAGUUGGUGUGGCAAAGCUCAUUUUUACGGUGGCUGUCACUCCGUGCCACUGUUCUGGCCCCGCCCCUGUACUCGGACACUGUGGCAGUUACAGUCGUGAUUCACACCAUCCAUUCCAAGUUUGAAAGGAAACCAGGACUGACACAUACAGUUUUGAUAUUGUAACAGUUGAAAGAUGGCUGAGCAGCUACAAAAGCUUGUUGCACAGAAGAAGGAUGUUGUCGAGACUGUCAUGGAAGUUUUUGAGCAGGGCGCUGAAGUGGUGGCCAGCAUUGCUGGAGAUCUGUUCCCUGUUUUCUCCAUCGCAGCUCCUAUUGUGAAGCUGGCGUUGGAUAACGUGGAAAGCAAAGAAGCCGUGUACAUGAAGGAGCAGUUCCAGAAGGUACGAGACCGCCUGGAAGUCGUUUCUGAGGAGAUUCAGCAGAUAAACGAGGAGAUCAAGAAAAGCGGGGUAGAUGCUACCUACUUUUCAGUGGAGGAGAACAUGACCAACCAAUUCCGCAAAUUUAUGGACCUCCUUAAUGCAAAGCCUAAAUUCAGAGAAGUCAGGAAAAACGAGUUCCUGAAGCACUUUGCUAGGGUAGAUGGUGACAAAAACUUGCACAUUCUGUAUAAUGCUGUAACAGGAGAUAACUUUUCUGGAGAGUCUGUGCUGGAGAUCAUUCUGAAUUAUGAGCAGAAAAGCCGCAGAGUGGUGGAGGAUUUCUGCGCUAGACUGAAGAAACUGUUUUGCAUUGGUUUGAUCCCCUUUCUUGGAUACACAGCACUUAAAGGAGAUGAUGAAGAAAAGGUGCUUCAAGAGUGGAAUGAAAACUUGAAAGUAGUCCAGUCAAAAAUGAACGUCGUUAUUGAAGACUGCAUCAACAGCUUCCCGGCGCAGUCCGAGUUGGAUUCCAAACGUAUCGUGAGAGACCACUGCGACAAGAGCAACCAGCAACUGGCUGACAUGAUCGUAGAGCACCAUAAAAAGAAGUACGACUGGGUGUGCUGGUCAGUCCGCAUCUUUAACUCACCCACAGGCCUGUUCACCAAAAAGAAAGACUUCCAGUGUUUGGCAGGAAAGAGUCGGUGUCAGGUGCAGGCAUCAGAUGAGAAGCUAAAUGUUGUGAUUUCCUACAGCUCCUCGCCUGAACCCGUUGAUAAAGCCCUGAUACAGAACCUGAUCUCGGAACAGAAGAAUCCCAAGGUGAUAGCUGUAACGGAGCAGCUUUUUCAGACAAUUCCCCUCUGCGUGGUCCAUACAGUCAAGACCAAAUGUAAAGACAUGGGCUUCUCCUGUAGCUUUUCUGAUGAGCUGCACUACUAUGAAGUGUUUAAGAACUUCUAUGUCUUUCUUCAUUCUGCUUAAAGCAGUCAUAUAGACAUAUAGACCACAAUAAUUACACUCUAUGGACAAUUUCUACAGGGCUGAAACUUAUUUUAAUGACAAUUAAGUUGGAAAACUAUGACUAAUAUACUAAUCAUAAUUUUUUAGUAGUACACUUUAUUUGUGUUUGUUUUCUAAAGUUGUAACUGAACACUUUUAAUGGAUCCGAUUUGUGCUUUGUCAUGGUGUAUAUUGGCAGAUGGACCAUUUUUGGAACUGAGAUUGUAAUACAAAAGUUUGAAUUCAGAUAGAGGUGGUCUCAGACUACUUUUGCACACAAAACUUCACAAAGCUCCAAUCAGACUGUCCAACUACAAUAAAACUUCUGGGAAUUGGUUCGGGGAAGAAAUAAACGCUGUAUUUGCUAGGUUCAUGGCUUUAAAUCUUGCAGAGUUUUGUUUGACACAUUUAGUAACAUGCAGUCAACAUAUUCUUGAGAAGAAUUGUAUAUUUCGAUUUGUGUGAAAUGUCUUCGAAAUAAUCAAUACUUCGAUUAUUUAGAUGGAAAUAAAUUCUGAUUGCAAAGUCUACACACAUUUACUCGUUUGUUCUGUGUUUUCUGUACAGCCAUUCGUGCAGACUUCCGCCCCAUAUUGUUUUUAUGUUUUUUGUUAUUUUUCACUGGUCAAUUACUGUGGUGACAUCUCUGUCAGAUUGACCCUCCCCUAUUUGGCAUGUAAGAACAAAACAAACUGUGGUUGGUUGCUUUACAUGUCAGUCAGAUGGUCUUUUCCUGGCAGUUCUUGGCCCCUGUAAUUAAUGUUUAAAAAUAAAAAAAGGCUGUGAAAGUAGACCCUAGACUGAGCACCCAUUUGAACCCACACACAGUGUUGUUCCAAAGAUGAAAAAUAUAUUUAUAUUUGAACAUUAUAUAAUCAUUUGCCCUAUCAUUUAGUGGUGGCCAGCAAAAACUUUCCUAUAUUUCAGAAAAAUGUCUGUGCAGGUUGGAUAUUAGUCAACGUGAGAUCAAAAUGGACCCUGUUUACUUUUUUAAUACCUAAUUCUUGUCUUGUUUAGGAAUUCAUUGGAGCAUAUUAUUUCAAAGAAAAAAUAUUUGCUUCAUAUUUAUCAAAAUGUAAUUAAUUGCUCUGCUUCUAAAAUGCCUUUGCUUUUGAUUUGAUAUCAGUUGAGUUCCAACCAUCUGACUCCAUGUUGGUAUAUAACGCCCACUUUUGACUACCCAAUCAGUUUCUGGUGGAUAAAGUUAAGUCCCACCCUACAUUUUUUGUUGUUGUUGAAAAUGUUGUUUCACUGAACUUCAUUUCAUAUAAUGACAUGCCUUUUAUAUGUUCCUUGAGGUUCAAUUAUAAUAAUAGCAAAGUUGUUUGCACAAAAACAUUCAUAUAUUUGUAAAACAUGAUCAUUUUCCAUCCUCAUUUUGACCCUUUGUCAGAAACACUCUGUUUUGGUGCUGCUUCUCCUUUAAGACUUGACAGUAUAUGCCCACUGUUAUGAUUGGCUCUCUGAUCUUGACUGACCUGCACUUUCCUUGCCAUAUCACUGCUCACCAUUACUGGGUUGGCUACCGAAGUGAAAAGGUAAAGUAGGUACAUAAACUAUGGUGGAAACACAUUUACCGAAUAAACUCCUUUUGAAUUUGUUAGGAAUAAAAGAUGUGCAUCAAAAAGGUCAUGUGACUGACUAACCAGCGGGCCAAUCAUCUGAAAUGUUGGUCAUCCUGAAAUAAUGGUCUCUAGAAAAUCCUACUAAGUCGAAAACAAACUUCAACUGUACGGAAGAGAAGGUUUAUUGACUCUUUUGAAAAAUAUCUUAUAGAUCUGCAUGGUAUAGUCAUAAGGAUCGCUCCCAAACAUGAGACAUUUCUUUCUAGUAUUUAAUUGAUAAAACAAUCACAGUGGAUACAAUUUUUCCAGAAGUGAUAAUUUCAUCCUUUUGAACACCCUUGGAUUGAAACGCGGCUUUAUUCGCUCUUUGUUUUUGCGAUAAUAUGGUUUUUUGCAUAAAAUAAAUUUGCAUCUUGGAUUGAAACAUACUGUUGCUAGUGUGACAUCACAAUGUGGAGGAAGUAGAGAAUGAGUCGUUUGGGCAGCUUGGAUUCAACAUAUGCUCUUUUUGCAGUGCGGAGGAUGUUUUGAGUUCUGAAACUUACAGUAUGUUUUUAUACAAUGACCUCUAAAAUGUUGAAAGAUCAAGGAAAAUUGUAUUCCUAAUGUCACAACCUCUUUAAAUGUUUACAACCUCGUACUGUAUAAUAAGGAAAUUUACACUACAAAUUUUCCUGCACUCAAAAACUAAUUUUAAGAUUUACACAUUUCAAUUUAUUAGCAAAAUUCCAUCAAAUUGUAACCUUAAAAAAAGUUUUUAGUUUUAGCCAUUUUUUUUAAAUGUAUGUAUAUGUAUAAUUAAAAAUAUUUUUUUAAUUUUGCUAUUUAAUAAA